AAACAGGAAAAUUAUUAGACAUCAUAGGAACAGACAUAAAUCCCCCCCCCCCCUGACCAUUGCUUACUGUCAUCACUACUGCACUUCAACUGCUUUAUACCUGUGUCACACGGGCACAUUUGGAAGGCCUUCCAGUCAACGGCCUUCGAAACUUCACAACUCUAUCGACUCAAAGGAGUUGUCGCGCUGCUACACGGCACUUUUGAAAGGCCGUUGAGUGGUUCAGACGUUUCUCGCAAAAUUGUGUGGCGCUGCGGAUCUUUAUUUUCGUUUUCAUGUCCCACAAAAGUUAAACAACAUUAAAACCACUUAAAAGCACUGUAAUUUCUUUCAUGUUUGCUUAUGCAUUAAAAAAAAUUUUUUUAUACAUUGUCAUACAUGUAUGUUUAGUUUUAAGUUGUUGGGUAGCGAAACUGUGGCAACGUUUGCGGCCGCUUGAUGCGGCUGCCAUUUUGGUGUGUGUUUACAUUCUAAAUGAGUGCGCUGUGACUGCCUUUUUGCUACCGCUAUGGGUGGCAGGGAGACAGAGCCGCAAGAUGACAAGGCUGCUAUGAUAUUCUGUAUGGCUGCGAUCAUGCAGCUUGAUGCCGGGAUUGAGGCGGCGAAAGCGGAGGCCGACGCCAUCGAGGAAGAGCUGCUGAUGGUCAACAAUUUGAUGAUGACAGUAGACUCGGUGACCGAACAAAGCGUAAACAGGGAUGGUCGUUCUCUCGCCGGACGAGGUGGUUUGAGGAGACUGUGCCAUUGCUUGGUGAGAAGUUGUUCAAGCGUGCAUUCCGCGUGACGCCGGCGACUUUUCGCUACACCGUGGAUGCCGUGAGACCGCUGCUCGAGCGUCAGAACACGAACGUGCGUGUAGCCAUCGCGCUGGAUAAACGUGUCGCGAUUGGCUUGUACCGGUUGUGUUCCUCAGCCGAAGACCGUAGUGUCGCCGAAUUGUUUGCUGUGGGACGUUCAACCGUCAACGUGGCCUACAGAGAGUUUUGCGAGGCCGUUAUCCAAACUAUGGAGGCCGAGUGGAUCAAGAUGCCCACAGCUUCGAGCAUGGCCGAGCACAUUCCCGAGUUCACGGCCACAUUAGAAUUCCCGCAAGCCAUGGGAUCACUAGACGGGUGCCAUUUCCCCGUUUCACCGCCCAAGGAGAGCGCCACCGACUACAGGAACUAUAAAGGAUGGUACAGCAUCAUCCUCCUCGCACUGGUCGACCACAAGUAUAGGUUCCGAUACAUCAAUGUGGGUUCGCCUGGCCGCUGCCACGAUGCAUAUGUAUACCACCGAUCAAGACUAGCAGACGCAGUCCAGGGCCCCCUGUUCCACCGACCACUAGUAACGAUCAGUGGUACAGCUGUGCCGCCAUUAAUACUAUGUGAUCAAGCGUUUCCGCUCACUGUAAACCUGAUAAAGCCAUUCAGCCACAGGGCACAGUUAAGCGACGAACAAAGGUUAUUUAAUUAUAACCUUUCCAAAGCUCGACGGAUUGUGGAGAAUGCAUUUGGUAGGCUCAAAGCAAGAUUUCGCUUUAUCUUGAAAAUGAUGGAAUGCGACAUCGACAAUGCCCGCCUUGCCAUUCGUGCCUGCUGUGUUCUGAACAAUGUGUGCGAGCAUUUUGGCGACACUGUGCUCCAACACUGGUUGGUCGAGGUUCAGAACAAUGGCGGCGGCCUCCAUCAGCCUGACCACAGCACGGACGUUGAGGAAGGGACAGGCUGUGAUGUGAGAGCAGCUCUUGUCAGGCACUUCCAGCAGAGCUGAGAAUUUUAUGCUGAAGUUUUGUGGAUGUUCAUGCUUUGUUAUUCAUUUUUUCUUGCGCUAAGUGCAGUGGGACGCUACAGGGAUGAAACGGGCACUGGAUAUGAAGCGGACACGA